AUGCGGGACCCUCUCCCGGCCCCAUCACAGCUCGUACAGGCCAGUAAACCUUUCGCCGACAAGCUAAGCUUGAGCACACUCCCCUACCACGUCCAUGAGGUUCUCCUCGGCUUCUUGGGAUACCAUUUCAUCCUCUACGUACUUUCGCCAACCGUUUCACGCCUCGUCAUCCCGAAGAUCUAUGCCGGCUUCAACAGGCGCACACAACUGAAUUGGGAUAUCCACUGGGUUUCUUUGAUUCAGUCGGUCUUCAUAUGCGCCGCCGCAUUAUGGGUCAUUUUUAAGGAUGAGCAAAGGCACGAGAUGGACUGGAGGGGUAGGCUGUGGGGUUACACCCCAGCGAGUGGCAUGGUACAAGGCUUUGCGGCUGGUUACUUCCUGUGGGAUCUGCAAAUCUCAACCCAGUACAUCAGCAUCGCUGGAGUUAGCUCGCUGAUCCAUGCCAUCGGUGCUCUGGCCGUGACCUGUAUCGGCUUUAAACCAUUUGGAAACUACUACGGCCUCUCCUUUGUCCUCUACGAACUGUCCACGCCCUUCCUCAACAUCCACUGGUUCUGCGACAAGCUUGGAAUGACUGGCUCAAAGCUACAACUCUACAACGGCAUCGCCCUCCUAGUGACUUUCUUUGGCUGCCGCAUCGUAUGGGGAACAUACCAGUCGAUUAUGAUCUACUCGGACAUAUACAAGGCGUUGACCAUCCCGCAAGCCCAACUCAUGAGCUCCAUGUUCGACACCGAGAAAUGCGGCGGGAACACGAACAGCAGUAUGGGACUUGACGAAUCUGGAAGCUGCGCAAUGGGUGACUUGCCCAUGUGGUUGGUCUGCGUAUACUUGAUUGGGAACACAGCACUGAGUAUGCUGAACUUUUUCUGGUUCACGCAGAUGAUCAAGGCCGUGAGGAAGAGAUUCAUACCAGCGGAAGAGACCCCAGCAAAGAAGAAUCAGUGAGCUCUGCGUCAAGACAUGGGGCAUGAAAUCAAGAUGGGGGCAUAAUAAUGGACCUGGUGUUUAGGAAUGGCGUUUUCUCCGGCUGUCUGAUGGGAUAUAAUGGAACGGCGGCCAGAGAGUGAUACCCACCAUCAUUUUGUUUUCUUUACGCAUACGUAUGUUCACAAUGAAUUCAACUUGUUCCCUUCGAGAA